AUGACAGAGGCAUUCAAAUUCAGACUGCUUCAAUCCACUCCCUACUAUGCUCAAGCUAAUGGACAGGCAGAAUCAAGUAACAAAGUAAUCAUCAACAUUAUCAAAAAAAUGCUUAAGAAAAAUUCAAAGCAAUGGCAUGAGAAGCUAUCAAAAACUCUGUGGGCAUAUAGAACUUCAAAGAGAGAAGCAACUGGCAUGACCCCCUAUGCUCUAACUUAUGGCCAUGAUGCAAUUCUGCCUAUGGAGAUAGCUGUUCAAUCCCUCAGAAUUGCUCACCAACAUGAUCUGGUUGGAGAAAAUUACUCUCAAGCCAUGUUGCUAGAUCUAGAAGGAUGGGUUGCAAGCAGAAUUGAUACCCUCAAUAAACUACUGACAGGAAAGCAAGCUGUGUCAAGGGCCUACAACAAAAGCGUAAAGAACAAGAGUUUUGAGGAAGGAGAGAUAGUCUGGAAAGUAGUUCUGCCCCUUGGAACACAUGUGGCUGGUUAUGGAAAGUGGUCACCUACAUGGGAAGACCCUUUCAUAAUCAACUAG